UAUAUAUAUUUUUCGAAAUUACGAAAUAAAGAUGGGAAGAUCACCUUGUUGUGAUAAGAAUGGAGUGAAGAAGGGACCAUGGACGUCUGAGGAGGAUCAGAAACUCAUCGAUUAUAUUCGAUUUCAUGGUCCGGGCAAUUGGCGUACCCUCCCUAAAAAUGCUGGACUCCAAAGGUGUGGAAAAAGCUGUCGUCUUCGUUGGACCAAUUAUCUAAGACCAGACAUCAAGAGAGGAAGAUUUUCUUUCGAGGAAGAAGAAACUAUCAUUCAGCUACACAGUGUUAUGGGAAACAAGUGGUCCGCAAUAGCAGCUCGUCUACCAGGAAGAACCGAUAAUGAAAUAAAAAACCAUUGGAAUACUCACAUCCGUAAGCGACUUGUAAGGAGUGGCAUCGACCCUGUUACUCACUCCCCACGCCUUGAUCUUCUUGAUAUUUCCUCACUUUUAGCGGCACUUAUCAAUCAACCAAACUUUUCAUCAGUAGCAACACAUGCAUCGUCUCUGCUUCAUCCUGAUGUAUUGAGGUUGGCCUCUCUUCUCUUGCCCCCUCAACAACCUCUCCAAGACUUUAAUCCAAUUUACGCACCGAACCUAGACCAAAAUAUUCAAACUCCAAUCACAACGGUGUCGUCUCAAGACUCUCAGCUACAAGCCGAGUGUACAACUCCAGUAUCAAACAACGAAACUUCAUCUUUCGAUCCUUUCAUGAAAGCAAGACUUGAGGUCAGUCAUGAAGAUGUAUUACCACCUUUGUCAGAGAGUUUUGACUUAGAGUCACUCAUGUCAACGCCACAACAAAAUAGCAUUGAAGCAGAAGCCAACUCCAGCAGUUUCUUCGACUUUGGGUUUCCGGAUAAUUUUACCCUUGAGGAAUUUAUGUUAAAUUAA